CCCUCUUGUAUUUGACUUUUCCCAAACAAAAAAAACAUGGAUAAUAGCAAUUCUUCAUCAAAUACAAUCCCAUCAAUCCCACUAAUUAAUGACUUUAAUCUUGAUUUUAUUGAUCAAGAUUUAAACUUUAAUCAUGUGAUUAACAUGUUAAGAGGAUCUGAUCAUGAUCAUGAUCAUGAUCAAAACUUUGAUCCUUCUAGCCUUCUUUUCACUAGAAAUGAUGUAUCGGAUAAUUAUAGCAUGAAUUUUUUACCAAUUCCUACACAUGAAAAUCAUGUUUUUAACAAUUUUAAUUCCCCCACAAUGUCUUGUACUAAUAAUAACACUAAUAUUUUGAAUUCGCUCUCGGGUUUCGAGGAUGAAACACUAAGAGGAGAUCAAGAUGAAGAUCAAGAUGAAGAUGAAGAUGACGAAGAUUAUAUGGAUGGUGAACAUUCUUCGGCCACGACCACCACCAGAAAGGGAAAUGAAAAAUGUACAAAGAAAGGGAAAAUGGAUAGGUCAAGGACAUUGAUUUCUGAAAGAAAAAGAAGAGGUAGGAUGAAGGAAAAGCUCUAUGCCCUUCGUGCCUUGGUUCCUAAUAUUACCAAGAUGGACAAGGCAUCAAUAGUUGGAGAUGCAGUAUUGUAUGUGCAAGAUUUGCAAAUGCAAGCAAAAAAGCUAAAAUCUCAAAUAGAAGGGCUUGAAUCUUCUUUAAAUGCUGCUGAGAGAUGUCAAGGAGCUUUUUCUGAUUCUACCAAUAAUUCUCUUAAUCAAUUUAUUCCAGCAUGCAAGAUCAUUGUGCAGAUGGAUGUAGUUCAAAUUGAAGAAAGAGAAUUGUAUGUGAAAGUUGUGAGUAACAAAGGUCAUGGUGUAGCAGCAUCCCUUUACAAGGCCCUUGAUUCUUUCACUACAUUUACAAUACAAAAUUCCAACUUAAGUACUCUUUAUGAACAAUUUGUGUUCACAUUCACCUUAAAUGUUGCAAAAUAUAGAGAGGAUUUCAACUUGCCUAACAUGAAAAUGUGGAUAAGUGGGGCUUUUCUAAACCAAGGAUUUGAAUUUCAAUCUUUUUAAUUAAUAGGUUUUUAUGUUUUAAAUCCAAUUUCAUUUCUUGUAAUUUAUAUUAUAACUUUUAUGUAAUUUUAUUUUAAUGAAAUUAGGUGCAUGCAAAUUGGUAGAAUUUCUAAUUUCUAUGUUGGAGAAAUGGGGAUAUAAUUAUUUUUGUUAUUUUUUAAAGAGACUUAAAAAUCUAAUUGAACUUGA